AUGGCCAGCAUUUUGAAUGGAAUACCUACAACAUAAUCAUACUUUAUAUAAGCUCUACCUAGGUAAAGGAGUUCUUUCUAAUCAAUAAAACAGAAAAUUCUAACAAAAGUUAUGUAAAAUGAGAAGUAAUCUACACUCCACAAAAUAUUGCAAAAUUACAAGAAACAAGCUCAAUAAUAUGUCACGCCAGCCAAAAAACCAACAGAACCUAUAGGUAAGACCAAGACUGCAAAAAAGGAAAAAAAAUAGAUGUCUAUGGAUCCUUUGCCUCGAACUGCAUCAAAUUAGAAUCGAAAAUUCUCUCAAGUCAGUACGAUAACCAUAAAGAUUACAUCAUUUGAUUCUGAUUCUGAGAUCAUAUCAACAGUUGAAAAGGAGCCGAAAGUCUAUGAAGUUUAGCUUGAUUAAUUUGAUUGA